GUGGGGCUGUGAGUACGUGUUCUGUGGAAGCCAGCGCGGGACCCGGCGGGGCCGGCAACAUGGAGACGCUGUACCAGCAAACGCACAAGCAGGUCCACGAGAUCCAGUCUCACAUGGGACGCCUGGAGACAGCCGACAAGCAGUCUCUGCACUUAGUAGAAAACGAAAUCCAAGCAAGCAUAGACCAGAUAUUCAGCCAUCUAGAGCGUCUGGAGAUCUUGUCCAGCAAGGAGCCUCCUAACAAAAGACAGAAUGCCAAACUUCGUGUCGACCAGUUAAAGUAUGAUGUCCAGCACCUGCAGACUGCUCUCCGAAACUUCCAGCAUCAGCGAUACACAAGGGAGCAGCAGGAAAGACAGCGAGAAGAGCUUCUGUCCCGCACCUUCACCACUAAUGACUCUGACACCACCAUACCAAUGGAUGAAUCACUGCAGUUUAACUCCUCCCUCCAGAAAAUUCACCACGGCAUGGAUGACCUCAUUGGAGGCGGGCACAGUAUUCUGGAGGGACUGAGGGCCCAGAGACUGACCUUGAAGGGGACCCAGAAGAAGAUCCUCGACAUUGCCAAUAUGCUCGGCUUGUCCAACACAGUGAUGCGGCUCAUCGAGAAGCGGGCUUUCCAGGACAAGUACCUCAUGAUCGGUGGGAUGCUGCUCACCUGUGUGGUCAUGUUCCUUGUGGCGCAGUACCUGACCUGAGCCAGCCAGGCCCCGUGGCUGAACAGCGGUCCCGUGGCGUGAGAGUGUGUGUGAGUGCGAGUGUGCAAAGAGAGGGAGGCCCAGAGGCUGCCUUCUGAAAUGUGUGCCCAUCUUAACUGUGAAGACCACUCAGAAGUAAUUGUG